AUGUCUGAUCUCCCACUCCAGGGAAAUGUUGUCCCUUAUGGCGUGCACAAUUGGGAUCGUCGCGCUUCGGUUGAUCGUCAACGGCCCCAAGGAAGUCAUUAUCGAGGCAAUCGUGGACCCGAGAAAGACCCUUCGAUGAAUUGCCGUGUUUGCAACAGAAGGCGUAUCCAUUGUGACCGAACCCUACCGUUUUGUAAGAAAUGCGCACGGAAAGGCGUCGAAUGUCCUGGAUAUGGACCGAGAUUUCGAUGGACGAAUGCAAUUGCUGUUCGCGGCCGGUUCAAAGGCCGCAGUGCGCCUGAUGGAUCUCAACAUACGCAGCAUGUCAUUUCCGAGUCCCAGUCCCUGCCGAGGGUUGCCGGAGAAGACACUCCCGCCCCAAGUUACCAGUCCGGCCUCGCUUUGGCUCAGCAACUUCCUUCAUCCACAGCAAAACGUCUAUUGCAAUACUAUGCGACUAAUAUUGCUCCACUAAUGGUCUGGCUGGACUCGGAGAAGAAUGAGUACAAGCGCAUAGUUAUUCCCCUGGCAGAAAAGGAUACAAUCCUCCAGCUUGCCGUUCUUGCUAUCUCCGCUGCACAUAUGUCGCAGGAAGACUGCCUUCCACCAGGCUUUUCACAGCGCGCAGGUGAGGCUGCCAUUCUUAUGAUUACCGAGCAAGUACGCCAGAUGACGGAAUGCAACAUGAAUGAUUCACCGAUUGACGUCAAUGGUGGAAUUACCGCAGGAAUCUUAGCUGCCAUGCUCAUUCUCUCAAAUCAUUCGCUGCUGAAGUCAGAGUUAUCUCAUGCUCAAUCUCACAGACAGGCGGCGAGGAUCUUAAUGAAUUCGUUAGCACUGAAACGGCCUCCCGAUGACGACCUCACUAUUUUUCUGAAAAACCAACUAGCCAUUUACGACGUCCUUGCAUGCACAACGUUAUUCGAUUAUGAGCACAUUCAACACGUCACUUUGCCACAUCUUGCGCAACAAGAUGUCCCUUUCGGGGACUUUCUCAACAUUUUGCACAAUAUCACUAUCAUGUCACUCGACAGAGCCCAGCAUGCGAAGCAGCCUGAAAUGUUUGAAGAGGAAUUGAAGCUUGCAAGUGGUUCAACAUUGCUGGCUGCGGGACCGCUCAGUCAGACGUUGACCAGGUCAUCCAGGCGAGACUUUAUACGACUAGUCCAAGCAUACCAUCAUGCUGGGAUGCUUUACGUCUGCACUCGCCUUUGCGCGUCUCCGGGUGGUCAACAAGCCCUGGUAGUCCAUACCAAUAAACUCUUCAAAGUGAUUGAACAAUUUGACGACAUAAAUGCCUCUUUACACAAUCUUGCAUGGCCCCUGUUCAUUGCCGGAACUUCUUGCUGCGGAGAUGAUGGACGCAUGAGGAUCAUUAGUGGCUUGUGUCGGACGCUAUCCGCAAAUACACGGUUUUAG